AUGACCUGUCCAGCCGUGACUGGCUGCGCUGCAGAGAUGGCCGGUCUCUGCGCGCUGGUUGGCGGCGCUGCUGCACGGCGAGCACGGACACAGCGGGGUUCCCUCCGUGUUCCCGUGACUGCGAAAUGCCACAUCCUGCGGCGUAUCUCCACGGCGGGAUUCGACGCCGGCGGCCGUUUGAUUCGUCAGGCGGAUGCUGCAUGCGGAGUCCCGUGUUUCACAGCCUCGCCAACCCCGAUCCAGCCACCCAGGUCAAGGAGAUGCCAGAUCCAGGUUCAUCUGCGUGCUCCUGUCGCCGCAGAGCUGCAGCCUUACGGUGGUACCGUGGUUGCGCUCUUGCUCGCUGGAGCGCGCUCCGUCCGCGAGAAACGGCUGUGGUGCCCAGGCCUGGGGCGCUGGAGCGCUCGGCUCGAUUACGACUCGAGAGGCUAUAUCCACGCCCAGAGCUGGCCCGUGGCGGUGGAUCAGAAUGGCCAGCGACCCGACGGGCGGCGAGACGUCUCGCCGCUGCAAACCAGCGGUCACGUCUACGAUCAGACCGUCUCCCAGGAUCCCAAUCUGAUCUCAGAUUGGCAGUUCCAACAACAGCUCCAGAAUCAGCUCCAAUACUCUCAGGUUGAGACCACGUCUGCCCCUCCGUUCACCUCCAGCUACGCCGUCCCGUUGCAGACGUCUCCCGUUGAUUUGAUGCCCGCCUCGCAGGCCCCCUUGGACACGAGCGGCCUGCUGGAUGGCUCCUAUCUGUCGCUGUCUGCGCCUGUCGACAUCAUGCCCUUCACCUACCACGACUUCCAUGAUCUGAUGUCGUUCCCCAAUGGUCUCCCCGAUAUGACCUCCUAUGGGGCCCCGCACAACGUCCCCGAGAGCAGCUCUCCGACCGAUACCUACCUGGAGGUGCGAUCGUUGACGAGCUCCAGCAGCGACAAUGGCUGGGCCACCAUCGAGACCCGUCGCUCGAUGGAUCCGUUCCCGGAGCAGGGCAUGUUUAUCAAUCCCACCCAGACGCUGCAUAACCGGACGCUCUCCGAGUCGUCUUACUCGGACCUCGAGCAGCACACGCAAGCCUCUUGGGGCAGCUUCGUCGAUAUCUCCAACCCCUUGAGCUCCCCGAGCUCCGAGUCCAACCUGGAGUCGCUGUAUAACGGUUCCGUCGACCGGCGCGUCUCGCUGGACCACACCUCUCACGGCUCUGUAUCACCCACCGCCGUCAGCCCUGUCGCCAUCGUGCGACCCAUCCCGGUGCCGGUGAAGAAGUCAUCGUCCCCGACGCGGUCCACAACUUCGCAGUCCUCGGCCUCCCCUCCUAGCAGGAAGCCCUCUCGCAAGAGUCCCAUUGCCGCCAAGACCUCCGAGACCAAAGUCCGCAAGCAAUCACAGUCUGGGAAGCCAGAGACCACGGAAAAGAAAAUUGGAAAACGCAAGGGUCCUCUGAAGCCUGACCAGCGAAAGCAGGCCAGCGAGAUUCGUAAAUUGCGAGCCUGUCUGCGGUGCAAGUUUUUGAAGAAGACUUGCGACAAAGGUGAACCCUGCGCCGGCUGCCAGCCAUCGCACGCCCGGUUGUGGCAGGUUCCGUGCACCAGGAUCGACAUCAAGGAGAUUGGAUACUUCAUGAAAGACUGGAAAGCCGACUAUGAGCGUCAUAUCACCCUUGGAUUUUCGGUUGGGAACAUCAAGGGAUUCUCCGAGCACGAGAGGACGCUUUUCGUGACACACGGGUAUGGUCAAGUGAUGCCGAUCAACGCCCGCGAGGUCUACGUUCGCGACGAAGAGUGCUUCAACGUGGACUGGGUCGAGUCGGUCCACCGGGAACUGAAUCAAUUUGAAGUGUCCACCAUGAAGCUCUCGGCUGGUAUGGACGGCAUCUCCCACGCGAUGCUGUCCGACUAUCUCGACCGUCACAUCGAUGGCGAUGGCACCUUCGAGAAGUUCGUCGACGACUACUUUGAUGGCACGCCCUUCUUGACGCAGAUGCUGAAGACUGCCUACCGCUACUACUACCGCACCAAGCUCAACGUGAUUCGCAAGGCCCUCAAGCUCAUCCUCGCAUACAACCUCACCCUCCACGUGACCAUGGUCGAGGGGAUCGGAGAUGAAGAAGGCUUUCUCGGCAAGAUUGAGGAUGAGAACUCCCGGUUCCGGGGUAAGACGAUGGCACCGGUGAUGAUCAACUUCCAGAUCAAAUGUGCCAUGGCCAACAUGUGGCGGGAGCUGCAGAAGGAUGUCCUCGAGGAGCUUUCUGCGUUGUAUUCCAGCGUCUACAGCGGUGAUAAGCUCAAGAACUGGCCCACGAUCUUCAUCCUUGCCUCGAUCCUGUUGGCGGUGUGGGAAGAAAUGCAGUUCGACUGCCAUUAUCGCGUUCCGGAUGCUGCGGCGGUUGAGAAAUUCUGCAACGAUAUGGAGACCACGCCGGUUGGGGUGAUUGUUGGUCUCUUCCAAGCCAUCUCGCAGAAACUUCCCGCCUUCACCGACUGGGAAACGCAAAAGCACCACCAUUUGCUCAAUUCCAACCCGGAUGUGUGCAACACGAUGACCGAAGUCCGCCAACAUGUCACCCAAUAUGAAUCCUACCUUCGCACUCGCUCCAAUUCAACGUUUAACCGCAACGAUUUCGACUGCCUGUCCAACAAAUUCCUCUCUCGAUUGGUCAUUCGUGCCAACUAA